AUGAAGUCUGGUGUUUUUCAUGCUAACCAUGUUCUACACCUCCAGCAGUUCCUCACCUGCAUUGUGUUGGUUCUGAUCGGCCCGUUUGGCUCCUGUUUGACAUCUUUUCUGCUUUUGUUGGCAGCUCUGGAUCCGCGGCUAAGCAGGACCAACAUAACCGAGAAAGUGCCGAUCAACCUGCGCGUCAAGAACAAGAAUAAAAUCGAUUCUCCCGGGUUCCCAGACUCUUUUUAUCCUCCCAACACGUCCCAGAAGUGGAGCCUUCGGGCCGAACAGGGACACAGAGUCCGUCUGGAUUUCCACACCUUGAUCCUGGAGGAUGACUGUGAGAAGGACUUCAUCCAGAUCUACGACUCGCUGCUUCCCAUCGAGUCCCAACUCCUCACAGAGCAGUGUGGAUACCCUCAUGGCUCCCUUUCCUACGUGUCGUCGGGGAACGUCAUGCUGGUUCUGCUGGUCACCAACAGUGAGAAGAACUUCCCUGGAUUCAGAGCCUACUACUCCCAGAUCCCAGCCAACACUGCAGAAUGUGGAGGAAAGCUGAUGGGGGAGAGAGGAAACUUCUCUUCACCAUUAUUUCCUGUGAACUAUCCUCCUAAAGCCGUCUGUACCUGGGAGAUCCAGGUAGGUUUAAAUGGCUCCGGUUUAAGUAGCAGGAAAGGUUCUCCUUAUAGUGGAGCUCUGUUUGAUCCAGGUAUGUUAAAGUCUAACAAAUUGGAAGGAACCAUUUCACACUUCUCCAAGUGUGAAAAAUCUCUGAUGCUGCAGUGCUCAGCCACCACCUACCGCUGCAAGAACGGCCGCUGCAUCAGCAAAGCCAACCCCGAGUGUGACGGGGAGACGGACUGUCCUGACGGCUCUGAUGAGGAGAACUGCAAUUGUGGCAGGCGGGAGUAUCAAAGCUCCCGCAUCAUCGGCGGUCAGGCGUCUCGGAAGGGGGAGUGGCCCUGGCAGGUGAGCCUCCACGCCAGAGGGCAGGGACACACGUGUGGAGCGUCGGUGCUAAACGACCGCUGGCUGCUGACCGCCGCCCACUGCGUCCAGAACGAGUACGCUGAGGCCAACCAAUGGGAGGCCUUCCUGGGACUCCAUGUGCAGGGUCAGACCAAUGAGUGGACAGUCACCCGGAGGAUCAAACGGAUCAUCCCCCAUGAGGAUUACAACACUUUCAACUUUGAUAAUGACAUUGCCCUGAUGGAACUGGACUCCAGCGUGACCCUGAACCAGUACAUCUAUCCCAUCUGUCUGCCGCCUUCCAGCGACGACUUUCCUGCAGGCCAAGAGGCAUGGAUCACCGGCUGGGGUGCCAUGGUGGAAGGAGGUUCCAGUGCUAAGAUCCUGCAGAAGGCGAUGGUCCGGAUCAUCAACCAAACGACGUGCAAGAAUCUGCUGCAGGAUGAUGUCACAGACAGGAUGCUGUGCGCCGGGAUCCUGGACGGCGGCGUGGACGCCUGUCAGGGCGACUCCGGCGGGCCUCUGACCGUCAUCAACCCCAGCGGGCGUGUGUUUGUGGCGGGUCUGGUGAGCUGGGGCCAAGGCUGUGCCCAAAGGGACAAACCUGGCGUCUACACCCGCAUGACCAAGUUCCGGAGCUGGAUAAAGGAACGCAGCGGAGUUUAACAGAACUUUCCUCAUCGUUUGCUGCCUAUUUAUAAUCCAAGCUGCUCCUCUCUGGUCAUCCAUCUCUACAGUUCCACAUGUUCUGUUCCAGCUGCUGUUUCUUUCCUUUAAACUCCAAUGAAAAGGGCUCAGGUCUAUAAUCCACACAGAACAGCGAUGGUGUUAACAUACUUCCUGCUACUGAUGAACAGUUUUAUACAAGGUUAACCAAUGACGUUCACCUAAACAUAAAAUAUUUCCCAUCUGUGAAGCAGAAACUCUGAAAAACCUUGAAGAAAAUCUCCAACUCUUCUGU